CACAUACUCAAACGGAGGAAAAUAUCGAUCUCACACAAGCACUCUUUAUAAAGAAAGUAGCUAUUUAAUUCUUCCACACAUAAUUUUCAAUCGAUUUUACGAGGAUGUCCAUGUAAAAUUAUAUAAAUCAUUUCCAGAAUAGGAUAUUCAAAAUUAAAAUGUUCAACGUGUCCAUCCCACUGUUCCCUGCAUCCACAUUAAUAACGCAAAGUGGAGAAGAACAACGCGCCGACCAUAAAGCGAGAAGAGACCGAGAAAACUUCAGAAGCAGCAUCCAGCACCCGUCUUCGACUGAAGAAGCAUGUGUGAGGAAAAGUGGGAUACAAAUUAUUCGGACUUAAUCUUUUUGUAUCUGUCACUCAUCUCGCAUCAACACCGUCCGUUCCAUCUCGUGCUGGACCGAGGCGUGGUGGCGCGCGCAGCAUCCUCGUGAGAGAUACCUGAUUAAGUCCGCGAGAGUGUCGAGAUCUCGUCAACCACGGAGACUUCUCUGACGGUUGACUCAAUCGUAAUCAAACAGUUUAUCUAAGUAAACAGACGUUAAUGGUUGCUCAAGCGCGCGCGCUCCAACGGCUCCCGUGCGUAAGCGUGAUCUUUUCGGAUGCUGCUGUUUGAAUAUUACACGUGUGCAAAGAACUGUGAUUAAUUCUUGGGUGAUUUGAAGUGUCCGGAACCAGAUCGGUCGAUCGUGUAUACUAUGGGAUUUAGUGAUAUCAAAAUGAGCGAUUUGAACUUUCUUCCUAAAAAGCAUACCAACUUUAGUAUUGAAAACAUAUUGCUGCGAAAUAAUGCAACAGCUACCUCAAGGACACUCGAAUUAGAACAAAAAGUGGAUCUAACAGUGAAGACCUGCAUCAAAUACGAACAGGAUGACCUCAAAAGUGUUUCCACCGUGUUAUCAGCGUCGCCGGCCUCAUCGUCUUCGUCGUCAUCACAAUCAUCCAAUCAACGUCCCCUGAAUCGUGUUCUAGCCAAUCCCUGGUGCUCCCGGGGACCGUUAAUGUUUGACCCAAAGAUCAUCGCCGGCGCGAAACCAACGACGGUCAUCGAGUCCACGGUGGCACAAACUACAGUAACGGCAGCAUCUACGGUGGCGUCGACGAUGGCACCCGUCUCCACUGGCCCUUUGAUACCGCUGAUAAAAACGGAAGUCGAGAGAAAAGUGAUGCUAAGCACGUAUGCUAAUAGCAGUGUAAUUGAACGAAACAGAUUAUCUAUCAAUUAUCCCUAUCCGGUCGGGUUUUUCAAUGCUUAUGCUGCGGCAGCAUCGAUGGCGACCCAUCAUCAUCACCAUCCUCAGCCACCGCAGCCAAGUGGCGCAGUUCCGACGGUCCUUAGCAGCUUGUACCAAAUCGAGAAAAGUGAUGAAAACCAAAACAGUAUUUUUAGUGCAACGAGUAAUAGUUCUGGCAGUACGAUAUGCACCGCCGGUAACAACCACUCUAGUGAUAUACAUCCUUUCUUCGGAAUGGACAGCGCCGAUAUGCUAGGAUACGGUUUAGUGCCGAGACAAACAUCACCCGUCGGCUCUUUUCCAAUCGGCUUCUCUGAAUUUUCGUUCCAAUGCCAAAUCUGUGAUAAGAUAUUUGGGAAUGAGGAUACGCUGACGACUCACGAAAAAACGCAUAAAUCACCUCGUUUCGAGUGCGAGGAAUGCGGCAAAGGUUUUUCCCAGUUGCGGAACUACAAAUACCACAUUUCCGUUCAUCGUGGCACGAAAGAAUUUGCCGCCAAAUGUCCCGAGUGCGGCAAGGUGUUCAACGACAAAGGCUACCUCAGCAGUCAUCUGAAGAUACACCGCAACAAGAAGGAAUACGCCUGUCCGCACUGUCCCAAGUCGUUCAACCAGCGGGUGGCAUUCAACAUGCACGUGCGGAUUCAUACGGGUGUCAAACCGCACAAAUGCAACGAGUGUGGGAAGCGAUUUUCUAGGAAAAUGUUAUUGAAACAACACUUGCGUACGCAUUCUGGUGAAAAACCAUAUCAGUGCUCAGUGUGCGGCAAAAGUUUUGCUGAUCGUAGCAAUAUGACCCUGCAUCAUCGGCUGCACUCGGGUAUAAAACCCUUCGCUUGCCCUAUUUGUCCAAAGGCAUUCACCAAGAAGCACCACCUGAAGACACAUCUCAACUAUCACACGGGUUAUAAACCAUACAAAUGUCCUCAUCCGAAUUGUGGCCAAACGUUUACACAGUCCAGCAACAUGAGGACGCAUGCAAAGAAAUGCCAAUUUAAACCGCCGGACCAAGCAUAACGAGUUCACAGAUGAGACUGAUACAUUAUGUUGAACAUUCAAAUUUAGUAACAGCGUUAGACUGUAAAUAUUUCUAUAUUUAUUAUUUAUUUAGUUUCAAUACAAAAGAUAUGCUCAGUUUAUUAGGAUUUUAAAGAAAUGAAAAGGAAGCCUUGAACUGUUCAUGUCAAUUGCAAUAAAUUACAACAUUUAUAAGCUACUUGCUCAUGACAGAAUUUAAAUUUAUAAGAAUGUUCCAACCUGUGAAGAUCUGCACUGUGAA